UGAAAAAAUAAAGUGAAUUCUGAAAAUGGUUGUUAAUUUACUAAACAAAAGGUGAAAUUAAAAUUUGUAAUGGCCCGGAAAAAGUGAAUUGUGUUGGUGCAGACCCAGCUGUGCAUGAAAAGCCCGCUUCCCUAAGAAGGGAGCCCAUGCCGAGUAAUGAAGAUGAAUAAAUGCCAACGACGCCUCGAAUUUCAAGCAAUUGUGUACAAAUGUUAAAACGAGAUUUCAAAGCGACGCAAUGCGCGCAAUGUUAAUAAAGUAUAGAAACUACAGUGUAGGAGCAGGCAUAUAUUACUUGGCGGAUCAUCUUGGGCAAUCAAUCAAACAGGAAGAUGACUACAAGGUGCACCUGCCGCUCCUGGUGGCAAGGAAAAAGAAGACUCCCGGUGGCUCACGCAAGCAGAACUUUGACCACCUGGAGGUGAGCUUCACCAGAAGCAGCCGCGGUAACAACCUGCUGACCAUCGACGGGAAACCCUUCACCCUCAAUCGCCGGAUCAAGGAUGUCUGCUACUGGGAGUGCGUCAAACUGCGCUGCAAGUACAUCAAGUGCUCCGCCCGCGUGGUGACCAAAUCCAAUCGGAUCUCGGCACUGCGCGGGCUCCACAACCAUCCCUAA